GUGACCAACAUUGUGUUUUUAGUAUCGAGGUACGUAAUUCAUAUGCGAUAUCCAUCAAUAAUUUGGAAGAAAAUAAGAAUUAUUUAUGCAAAAUUUAAUGACUUAUAAGUAUAAUGAUAAUAAUUAGUGUGCCGAGGCUGAAAAUUAUGGCAGCUUCUUCGUUCGAGCGGUCUGUGUUUUAUCGUGGUGUAGAAAGUGUGCUAAAGGGAUGGCCAGUGUUACAGUUAGCAGUACAACAUGGUUGUGGUGGUCCUCACUCCAUGGAAAAGGCAGUAUGGUUUGUUACUGCAGUUGAACAGUGGUUCCAAGAAAAUAGUGAUAUUGAACAGUAUGAAGUAGAAGAUUUUCUUGCUGAGGUUCUCAAUAAUGAAUUUGAUACAAUAGCAGAUGAUGGCAGUUUGCCUCAUGUUUCCAGGUUAAUCUGCAAAUACUUCCAUCUCUGCAAACAAGGAAAGGAUGUUGAAGUGAUAUCAAGUUUACAAGAAGCUCCAAACUCCCAGUUACCAGUUUGUGUACAAAUGAAUGGCCAAGAUGAAGAAAUGGAUGAAGAUUCUAGAGGUACAUGUCUAAAUGAACAUAAUACAUUAGCCAGACUAGGGGGUAUGGAUCUAUGUUCAGAGGAGAGUAAGGAUGAUAAACCAUCUACAAGUACAGAUGAUAAUAGUAUAAGGAAUGAUGACACAGAAAAUUCAAUUACCGGAGAAACAGUGGCACAAGACGAUGGAUGGACAGUAGUUAAACAUUCAAAAAAGAAAAAAUGAAAGAGUAAAAUAUCCUCAUUUGUAUAGAAAUAUUUAAACCGAAUAAAUUAUGUAUAUACAAGAA